AUGUUUACAAGUGAAAGUGUGCAAGAACAUAUACUUUAUGAUAAAAUAUAUCAAUAUCUUUGGGUUAAGUCUGAGACCUCAAGUCCACCUUCUGUGCUCAUACCAGAUACUGUGAUUUUGAUAAGAUCAAUGCCGAUAUAUUGGUAUUUUACAGACAAGGAGUCAGGAGAAGUUAAGAAAAAGCUGAGGAAAAACGUUACAAAAGAAAAUAUCAAAGAAACUUGGUUGAACUAGGUUGGGAGAUCUGGAGUGGUGGGAUAUCUCUUGCAUUUUAUGUAUAAAUAGCAUAAAUAACAAUUUUAAGAGAGAAUUUAGAUUUGAAUUAUCCUCCUGAGAAACUAAAAAUUAGUGGUAAAAUAUAGAUAGUGUAUUUUGAUGAAAAAGGAUUUGAGAAUUUUAUGAAUUCUAAUUUGGAACUUCCUUUUGGAAUACUUUAACGAUAUGUCGAAGCGGCAGAUGACAGAAAUUGUAUAAAUAUUAAUUAAAUUCAGCAUAAAUUUAGGCUUUUUGGAGUAAAUCUGUCACACUCUUCACGAAGAGGAUGACUAAGAAGAGUUAUCUGAAUAAAUCAAUGAAUAUUUAUGAGAGACUCUGCACUUUCGAAGGACCGGAGUAUUUGAGUGAAGCAAGUAAGACUAUAUGAUUCUAUUUAAAACUUAGCAUAAGUGAAGGAUUUCUAAUCAUAAAGAAUAUCUGAAUAGAUUGAUAAGAUGAUUAACCAUUUAGAUGCAAUUUCAUUUGGAAAAUUGAAUAUAAGUCAAGGAACAUUUUAUUUUAAGGUUGACAAGUAAGAUAAAUGUUGGUUUCUUUUUUGUGGCAGUCUAAAAUUCGAAGAUGAUAAACAUUACAAGAACUACCCUAAAGAUUUAUAUACCCAAUCCUAAAUUUCAAUACCAAAAUCAGUAGAUGGAAUUAUGUCAGUCUAUAGUCAAAGACCAUUGUAGUUGAACAAGGAAUCUAAAUGCAUUAAGUGUGGUAACAUUGACAAAGAGAACAAUUUCAUUGAUGUUCCAUACCAUUACAUUUUGGAUUAAGACAUAGAAAGUUUACCAGCUGAUCAAUGGCCAACUGAAAUUUAGAAAGAGGCUAAAAAGGUUAAAGUGGCAGGUGCUAAUGCUAGUACUCAAGCCUUAUUAAAUACAAUAACAUAGGUUCCUUUAGUAUUUUAGAAGAUUCAUGAAAAGUUAAAUUACACGAAUUUUGAUUAGUUUAAAUAAUCUGAUGGUUUCCUGCAUAAAACAUUAUAAGUUUGUUUGGAUUGCUAUAUAGUAUUAGGUAUUUAAUCCUUUGAUUAUAAAAUAAAGUUGCUCAUUAGGAGAAAGCGUAAAAGAGUUGUGUAAUAAAUAAAGUCAGAUAAAAUGUUCGAAUUCGAAAGUCUUCAGAGGGAUUUACAAAUGCAAAACGGUUGAAGGAAUAUUUAAGAUAAGGAUAAAAAGAAUAGGGGAAAAAAGGAAGUUAGGUCAAAACUACAGAAAGCAAUAUAAGCAAACAAGGGUAAAAAAUCAGACCUAUUCAACAAUACAUUAAUAUGAGAUUGCAAAGUUUGAGUCCUUAAUUGAAGUACUCAAUCGAAAUUCCGUCUACUGCAGAUUAUUUGUCAUUUAAGACGAAAUCAUCGAAUUAUGACAGUAAUAUAAAAUUGAGAAAUUUAUAUAACUAGUCUCUUCAAGCAAAAUUGAAUGCUUGA